AAAAUAUGGAGCAAAAAUUACAAUUAUUAUAUUCGAGCAUAGAAGUCGAUCCCACUAAUCCUUAAAUUCCAUAAAAUUUAAAACAUUUGAAAGUAUUUUAAUAUUUUCUAAUUGUCUAGCUUGAAAUUUUUAAUGAAUUGGCUGUCAAUAGAUUAGCAACAGAAAAAAUAGCAUGUAAAUUAUAUAAGAAUAUUAUUAGUACAUUUCUGUGAAUUAGAAGUCACAUAUUUAUUAAUUUCAAGACAAAUCGAAAAUUUUGAAUUAGCAAUAGAAAGAUUAAUGAAAUUUUAUAAUUAAGGUUUAGAAAGCAAGGACAAAGCUCACUAUACUGGAAUUUAUUUAAUUUAUUUAUUGUCUUUUAAUAAGUAUGAAAAUUAAGUGAUUAACUCAAUAGAUUUGCCUAAUAUUAUUCUUAAAUUGAAUUAUUACCAAAGGAAACAUUUUAAAAUCCUUUUGUUCACUUUGUGCUUUAAUUAGAAUAUAAAUUGAGUAUAGGCAGUUAUUCUGAUCUUUUGGGAGAUUAUCAUCCUACUGGAAUUGAGAAUGUAUUCUUAGAAAGAAUUAUGGAUACUAUCAGGUAAUUUGAAUUGUAAAUUUAGAUUAUAAACUGCUUUAAGUGCUAAUGCAUCCUACAAAAGUUUAAGUUUAGAAAAUGCUAUUAAAUUGUUCAAUGUUAAAAGUGUUUAAGAAUUGUAAUAGUUUGCUUAGAAAUAAAAUUUCAAAUGGAAAUUCGAUAAUCAUUAAGUUUAUUUUGAUAAUGUAAUAAAUCAAAAAUUUAUUUCAAGGUUUAAAAGUAAGAGAAUCCUUUAAACUCAGAAUUUUUGAUCUAAAAUUCCUUAAGAUAUGUUCAUGAAUUUGAUAAAAUUAUAUGA